UUGCCAGGUACUAUAGGAAAUCAACUGCUGGUUUCAGCAUUAUGGAACCCUGAUUGCUGUCCUUCAACAUGUUCAUUAUGAAGUUUUUAGUAAUACUUUUGUUUUCUGGACUUAUAACGGGUUGUAGAGGUAACUCUUCCUAUAAUUUGCCACCCAAGUUAUUACUGGUGUCCUUUGAUGGCUUCAGAGCUGACUAUCUGAAGAACUAUGAAUUUCCUCAUCUCCAGAAUUUUAUCAAAGAAGGUGUCUUGGUAGAGAAUGUUAAAAAUGUUUUUAUCACAAAAACAUUUCCAAACCACUACAGUAUUGUGACGGGUUUAUAUGAAGAAAGUCAUGGCAUUGUGGCUAAUUCUAUGUAUGAUGUAGUCACAAAGAAACAUUUUUCCGACUCUAAUGACAAGGAUCCUUUUUGGUGGAAUGAGGCAGUUCCUAUUUGGGUGACCAAUCAGCUUGAGGAAAACAGAUCAAGUGCUGCUGCUAUGUGGCCUGGUACUGAUGUACCCAUUCACAAUACUAUACCUUCCUAUUUUAUGAAUUAUAGCUCCUCAGUGUCGUUUGAGGAGAGACUGAACAACAUUACCAUGUGGCUAAACAAUUCGAGCCCACCAGUCACCUUUGCAACACUCUAUUGGGAAGAACCAGAUGCGAGUGGCCACAAAUACGGACCCGAAGAUAAAGAAAACAUGCGCAGAGUGUUGAAAGAAGUAGAUGAUCUUAUUGGUAACUUAGUACAAAAGCUCAAGAUGUUAGGAUUGUGGGAAAAUCUUAAUGUGAUCAUUACAAGUGAUCAUGGGAUGACCCAGUGUUCUCAGGACAGAGUGAUAAAUUUGGAUCUCUGCAUCGAUAAUUCAAGCUACACUCUUAUAGAUUUGAGCCCAGUUGCUGCAAUACUUCCCAAAAUAAAUAGAACAAAGGUUUAUAAUGCACUGAAAAACUGUAGCACUCACAUGAAUGUUUAUCUCAAAGAAGACAUUCCUAACAGAUUUUAUUACCAACAUAAUGAUAGAAUUCAGCCUAUUAUUUUGGUUGCUGAUGAAGGCUGGACAAUUGUGCUAAAUAAAUCAUCACAAAAAUUAAAAUCAUUUACCAGAAUGCUACAGGUGUACUGUGCAAGAACGACAGAGUAA